AUGUUAAAUACUUUACAACAGUUUAGAUUGCUCAACUGGAUACAUGGUAAAAUACCCGAUAUGCCUAUUAAUAACUUUACCAACGAUUGGACCAGCGGUAAAGCAGUGGGUGCUUUGGUUGAUGCCUGUGCUCCCGGUCUCUGUCCCGAUUGGGAAAUGUGGGAUCCCAAAGAUGCUGUACAAAAUGCUUCCGAAGCUAUGGGUCUCGCUGACGAUUGGUUGAAUGUCAGACAAUUGAUAAAGCCCGAAGAAUUGGUUAAUCCCAAUGUAGAUGAACAAUCUAUGAUGACAUACUUAUCACAAUAUCCCAAUGCCAAAUUGAAGCAAGGAGCUCCUCUUAGACCAAAGACUAAUCCAAACAGCAUUCCUCCGCCGCGGUAAGUCUGGGAAUGCUUU